AUGAGUAAACACAUCGAAAUGCCAGAUAUCGACAUUGGAGAAUGGAUUGAUUCUGUAUCUUUCAAGAAAAACGGUUACGAGAUUGCUUUGGUAUGCACUAGCAGAGGUGUUUACGAGAUAACAUCACCUGCUCGUCAUGUUAGCCGGGAACAGAAACACAAACACAAACAAUGCAAAAUCCAAAGCCCAACCCACAAGCAGUUGUUGAGCCUAGAUGUAAGGGACCCUCUAUGGACGUUACAGAAACGCAAUGAUGGGUAUGUAGUCAUUAGCAAUGGCUAUGACCGUUACCAAUACGGCCAAGCAGAUGUAGGUGAUUUAAUGGAAAUUACUGCUGAAAUUUCACCUAAAACAGGACACCACCCUCACAACAGCAAUGAGGUUACAUAUCGGUCUAGAUUUUACACAGUGAUAUGCCAAAACGUAUCUGAAAAGAAUGAGACCAUUGUAAGAGUCGUGCACAAUGAUGUGGAUGACAGCCAUUUGGACCGCAACCGCGAAAUGCCUGCUUUAGUACUCAAUGAUACCAAGAUUUUACAAAUUGUUCCUGCAUCACAGGGAAGAUACUUGCUAUUUGGAACAAAAGUUGCUAUUGUGAAAAUAUCCACCUCUUCCACCGCAACACGAAAUUUUGAGGUUUCUCUGCUUGAAGCGUCAAUGGCUCCACAGUUACCGCUUGCUGUCGGUGGUCAUCUAGAGCUUGAAAAUGUAGUGAUUCAAUGCCCGUACGCCUCCACGUCACGUGAAACCAAGGUCCGAAUUCCGUUACCACAUUGUCUCUCAUAA